AUGGGACGGUGUGAUACGCAGAGCUUACUCUCAAAAAUUCGGGCAAGUGAAAAGAAGCGACUGGAAUGUGAAGCGCAGCAGGAAGACGAUGCCCGUAACCCGGGUAGCAGUAACUCGGCGAUUGCGAAAAUGAACAGUAUUGUCAAGUGCCAUGCGAACACUAAUUCCCCUAUUGUACAUAUCGACGCGAAUUCUUCACCACCUUCUUGUACCGAUUUAGCCGAAUUGUCGCAGUGCUCAGGAAGAACUACUGCGGCCGGGAGGGAUUUCGAAAAGCAAAAAGGUGACUUCACCACAGCAGCUAGCACAUGCACCAUAAGCGCGGUUGCUGCAGCUGCUAUUACCGCCCCACUCUGCUUGCAUUUAGCAAAACAUUCAGUAAUUCGUGCAAACCUUCUUAGUCCACUCUCAUUCGAUGAUUUAAACUAUUCCACUAAGCCGAUACUCAAACUUUUUAGUAAAGCUAAUGCUAAUCAGUUGCUCUAA